AUAUUCUCUACCCUGUUAUACGGUUGCGAAAGCUGGACUCUUGACCCAAAUACGGAAUAGAAAAUAGAUGCUUUCGAGAUGUAUCUGUACCGUCGUAUGUUGCGCAUAUCAUGGGUAAAUAAAAUAACCAAUGAGGAAGUCCUUAGCCGUAUGCAUAAGCAGAAAGAACUCAUGUUGACAAUCAGGGAGAGAAAGACGAGAUAUAUAGGAUAGGACACCUGAUGCGAGGAGAAAGAUACGAACUCAUGCGACUGAUCAUCCAAGGCAAGAUUCAAAGGAAGAGAUCCAUCGGCAGGCGCCAAAAUUCCUGGCUGAAAGACAUCGGAAGAUGGUUUGGCUGUACUUCAGUGGACAUCUUUCGCAUGGCCGUAUCUAAGACUAUGUUGGCCAUUUGGAUCGCCAACCUUCGAAAGGAGACGGCGCCGCGGCGUCAUAAGAAUAAGAACGCAAAUAACCGACUAAGAAUCUGUCAGAAGGCAAUGAAGCGAGCAAUGCUGAAAAUCAGCCUGACGCGGACGGAUAAAAUCCGAAACGAACUGAUAAGGAAAAGAACAAGAGUUGCCGACGUGGUUGAACGAGCAAGUAGACAAAAGUGGCAAUGGGCGGGACAUGUUGCGAGAAGCAACACCAAAUGGACCAAGGUCCUGAUGCAAUAG